AUAAAAAUAAAAUAAUAAAAAAUAAUAAAAUAAUAAAAAAAAUAUUUUUUUAUUUUCUGCCAAAAAAUUUGGUCACUGGAAUUCUGCCACCGGUCGCCGGAAAAUGGUCGCCGGUCACCGGAAUAGGCUAUUUGUCGCCGGAAUAUGCUAUUUUGUGGCCGGAAUAUGCUUACCGGAGUCGGAAUAUGCUUACCGGCGUCGGAAUAUGCUUACCGGCGUCGGAAUCUAGUCACCGGGGCCGGAAUAUGCCUAUCGGCGUCGGAAUCUGCUCACUGACGGUCACCGGAGUUCGGUCAACGGUCUUCGUUGACCGGUCAACGGUCAACGACCACCGGAUGUUAUGGUUAGCAUUGUGAGAUUUAUGGUUUGGUUUCUCAUAUUUUUUUAUGCCUUUUAUGGUUUGUUUUAUUGUGUUUGUGGUUUGCAUUGAGAAGUUUCUGGUUUGUUUUCAAAAACUUUGUGGUUUGCAUUGUGAGGUUUCUGGUUUGUUUUAAUAUAUUUGUGGUUUGCAUUAUGACGUUUAUGGUUUGCUUUUUGUGGUUUGAUUUACUGUGUUUGUGGUUUGCAUUAUGAGGUUUCUGGUGUGUUUUCGCAAAUGUUGUGGUUUGCAUUGUGGGGUUUCUGGUUUGUUUUAGGAGAUUUGUGGUUUGCAUUAGGAGGAUUCUGGUUUGCUUUAUUGUGUUUCUGGUGUGUUUUCGAAUUUUUGUGGUUUGCUUUGCGAGGUUUCUGGUGUGGUUUCGAAAAUUUUGUGGUUUGCUUUGUGAGGUUUCUGGUUUGUUUUAAUAGAUUUUUGGUAUGCAUUAGGACGUUUCUGGUUUGUUUUUGUGGUUUGCAUUAUGAGGUUUCUGGUGUGUUUUUGAAAAUUCCGUGGUUUGAUUUGUGAGGUUUCUGGUUUGUUUUAGAGCAUCUGCGGUCUGGUUUACGAGGUUUCUGGAAUGCUUUAUGUGGUUUGUUUUAUUGUGUUUGUGGUUUGCAUUAGCAGGUUUUUGAUGUGUUUUAAAAAUAUUUGUGGUCUACUUUGUGAUUUUCAUCGAAGGUCAUUGAAAUGAGUGGUUUAUUCUGCGUUUUAAUAGUAUUACCACUGGACCAAUUACCAAAACCUUUAGGAGUUGUUUGGAUUCAGGUUUUUAAUUUGAGAGAUUUGUGAGAAAUUUUGCCUCAAAUCACUCAACUAAAAAACCAGAUAUUUGUGAUCAAGGAUUUAUAUCAAAUCCUUUGUUUGUUUAAAUAUGUGGGUUUUCAAUGAGAAAAGCCAAAUUUCUAUUUUGCCCUCUUUGUUCAUCGUCUUCCACGUCGUAGGCAUCCCACGGAAGCUCGGAGAACAAUCCAUUUCCCCGUCGCCCAGCCAUAUCACCGUCAAUAAUCGAAGAUUGAGGCAAUCAGAUCUACACCAUCAAUUGAAAGAAACCAAAAAAGGGUUUCGAUCUGGAAGGACAAGUCUCAUCGAAGAAGAUGGGAAGGGAGGAUGUGAAUCGUUUGCGGAAGCAAUUGUCGCCGGAAAAGGGUAGUGGAUCCCUCACUGCUGCUGCAUGUCCUCGCUUUCCCUCCCAUCAUCGGGUUCGUUGUCUCUUCAGUAGCCGAGUUGCCGGAACGAACCCAAAAAUUGCCCCUCCCAAAGAACACCCAAUCAUCGACAAACAAUCAGGAGAAAAUCGAGGAACAAACCCAUAAAUCGGCGGAAAUCACCAUGCCAGAGAUCGCCCCAAUGAACCCAGAAAUUCCCAUCCCAAAGAACGAACCCAGAUCUCUUCGCCUAGUUCUUGACCGCUCUCACGAGCUUCUUCUUUGUCUAGACUGGUGGUUGGUGGGAGAAUGAAUGAUCGUGGAAGAGGAUUAUGGUUCGGCGGGCAUCGGAUUCCGGUCGCGUCUACUGCCUUCUCCGCUCAAUUACGCCUCUCCUCUGGUCGAGCGAAAUCUGGUUCACUGGGUACUCAAUCGCUUGUUCGGCUCCUGCGGCGGCGGGCUAUUCAACCGGAAAGAAUUAGCUGAAGGAACUCGCUGUUGCGAGCCUGGCGAUGGCACCAACUGGCAUUGCCAGGAGAUUGAACAGGAAAUCCACAAAGUCAUUCCCUGCUUCAGCACACAAGACCCUCUUAUCGUUUUUGUCGAUUAUCAGCUUCACGCUGAAGCUAGCAUCUGUAGCCGCUGCCAUCGAACCAACGAAUCGACGGGUAACCAGGUGAAGAUUUUGUCGAUGAGUUCUGGAGGGAGGCUGGGCAAAAGCGGCGGCGAGUGCUGGUCAACCUUCCGUCGGAUGGGAUUCGACGGUAGUGACUCCAUAAAAAAGAAAUCGGCGGAGGAGUGCGCACAGGAGGAGAAGCCGUCGGCUUCGGAGGAGAGCGUACGGAGGAGAGAUUUUGAUGGCGGCAUCCUGAUAGCAGUGGCAGAGAUUCUGCCAUUUUGCGUCGCCGGCGGCGGGUCUAGCAGCAGUGGCGGAGGAGUUUGAUGGGGUUGUGAAGAGGAAGGGGAGGAGAAGCUGAUGGCGACGGAGGAGAUAGAGGUCUGGUAGGGGAAGAGGGAGAAACAAAAACACGCUUUUUAUUAGUUUUUUUAAUUCUAGUUUUUUUAAUGUUUUUGUAAGUUUACCCUUAUACCCUUGUUGUUACCGUAACAACAUACUGGGUGUUGUUAUACUAUCUUCUCCCGUUGCUCGUAGAUUCCUCCGCCGACGCCACCAUGAACCGCGAUCUCCUCAUCCUCGUCAUCAUCGUGGACACAAAAAGCGGGAUCUAAACAUAUAGCAACCGGACCAAUGGUAAUGAAAAAAUUGGGUUUAG